GAGUGAAUAGCGCUGUGUGUGUGUGUUUUCCUUGAUUAUCUUUUUCUCAUUCACAAUAUCGGGAGUUGGGAGGGUGGGUGGUGGUUGUGGUUUUUUGAGAGGAUAGGCGUAGAUAGAUGUUUCCCAGGUUGAUUCAGACCCACCACGAAGUGAUCGUGUCUUCGCAGCAGCAGCAGCAGCAGGAGGAGGAGGAGGAGGAGGAGGAUAUUAAUAUUAAUAUUAAUAUUCACCACAAGGGAGACCCAUGCCUCGUCCUCACUUCCGAUCCUAAACCUCGUCUCCGAUGGACUGCCGACCUUCACGACCGAUUUGUUGAUGCCGUCACUCAGCUUGGAGGCCCCACUAAAGCUACACCUAAGGCAAUUUUGAGGACAAUGGGUGUGAAGGGACUGACCCUUUUCCACUUGAAGAGUCACCUCCAGAAAUACAGACUAGGUAAGCAAUCUGGGAAAGAUUUGGGUGAGGCUCCUAAAGAUGGAAUCUCAGCUUCUUACCCUCUAGAAAGUCCUCAUGCCAGUAAUUCUUCUCCAAGCUUGCCAACUACUGAUAUGAAUGAGGGUUAUGAAGUCAAGGAGGCAUUGAGAGCUCAAAUGGAAAUACAAAGUAAACUACAUCUGCAAGUUGAAGCUGAGAAGCAUUUGCAGAUACGCCAGGACGCAGAACGAAGAUAUAUGGCCAUGCUGGAGAGAGCGUGCAAGAUGCUUGCCAAUCAAAUUAUUGGAGACGCAAAUACUGAGGAAGACAAACAGAAUUAUCAAGAAUUAGGAACAGAGGCACCGGCAGCAAGUUCCUCCCAUGGUCCUCUGGGCUUACACUCUUUACAGGUGCCACCUGGAAUCCAUCCUCAUAGGGCUGAUUGUUCCACUGAAAGCUGCCUGACCUCACAUGAGAGUCCUGCGGGAUUGCCUUUGAAAGGAUCUCCACCUGGAGGGAAGAAACGGAUGCUAAACAUUGACUCAACGGCUGCAUCUUUGAUCUGGGCUGACUCAGACAUGAGAGCGCAGGAUGUUAAGGUGAUUCAAGUUAAUUCACAUGGAAUCACUGGGUAUGGCAUUGGAAUUGCUAAGGUUAGGGCUGGAAACAGAGUCUGCAAAGGAUUUGUCACCAUACCACCAAUCUUUCCAAACAUCAACAGUCUUACCAUCACCCACAGACCAUUUUAUACCUUUUCUGAGAAUGGUACUAGUACUUAUGAUUCCUUUCCAAAGAUGAGAGCCUUUCCUCCCUUUAGGCCAAUCCUGCAGAGAAGUAUUUUUAAGGGUCUGUUUGAGGAAAUCCCAGGAAAUGUUAUCAUAAGCUUUUUCCAGAUCAAUUUUAAAAAUCAUACCCUCUUUCUUAUCCUUCUUGUGAGUCAAAGUAUGGAUGAUUUCUUGGGAAAUGAUAAUAUUGUCACUAGUGCUUCUGCCAGGGAUAAAGCUGCAUUGAUUAGGUCUCACAAUAUUGUUCAAAAGGGGUCUAAUCCUGUUCACAAUGAUUUUAGAAAUAAUUUUGUAGGACACAUUGCAAAGACUGAUUGGUCUAAAUUGUUUAAUAUUCUCGAGAUUGUCAAUUUUGGGGAUCAAAGCAACAAGAGUUCUGUUAAUCUCAGUUGGGAUAUGGUGGCCAGCAAAACAGUCUCUCACAAAGUCACACACAGAGGGACCAAUAAUGGACUAGUACGAAUGAUUAAAAACAGCUUAAAACCCAUCCCUCCCAGGGGCCUUAAAAGCAUUAAUAUUCUUCACAGGCCUCCAAACCUCCUUAUUAGAAAUACUUUGAGUAAGAAUAAAGUUUUUCUCUUGGGUCACCUUGCAAAGCGCCAAUUUAUUCCAGUGAUCAAAAGAAGUAGUAGGAGAAUAGCUAAAAAGAUUAACAAAAUAAUUGGUAAUCAAGUUCUUAAGUUGGUCAGGCUGAUCAAUCCAAUCCCCAGUAUCAGUCAUGAGCAUCUCAAUCUUUCUCUUUUUCCUUUUGGUAAUAGUGGUAAGGUGGAAGAAUUUAGUAUUCCUCUCACCUUGGAUCCAAUUCAAGAUUAUGGAGAUUAUGAGAAUAGUUUAAAGCCUGGGAUUUUUGGAUGCCUUCAAUCCUCCCAACAAAUGUAUCAACCAAAGGGCGUUUCUAGUUCAAGUUUAGUUUGCAACAACUCCGCAGCAGUCCAUAGUCAGCAAUUAGAUUGUGGUGCCAGCACAAUGGACCCCAUGAAUGGAGGCAACGGUCUUAACAAUCCUAGUCUGGCCUCCAAGCAACGACUGCGUUGGACACAUGAGCUUCAUGAACGCUUUGUUGAUGCUGUGGCACAACUGGGUGGUCCUGAUCGGGCUACACCCAAAGGUGUUCUCAGAGUCAUGGGUGUGCAAGGUCUAACAAUUUACCAUGUCAAGAGCCAUCUACAGAAAUAUCGACUUGCAAAGUACCUCCCAGACUCCUCAUCUGAUGGGCAAAAAGUUGACAAGAAAGAAUCUGGAGAUAUGCUUUCCAGUAUGGAUGGUUCAUCUGGGAUGCAAAUUACUGAAGCACUGAAGUUGCAGAUGGAGGUACAGAAGCGGCUGCAUGAGCAAUUGGAGGUGCAGAGGCAGCUACAAUUGCGCAUAGAAGCCCAAGGCAAGUACUUGAAGAAGAUAAUUGAAGAGCAACAACGACUCAGUGGAGUUCUCUCAGAAGUGCCUGGCUCAGGGGUCUCUGCCCCAGCAUCAGGUGACAACUGCCCAGAAUCGGACAAUAAGACUGACCCAGCAACCCCUGCCCCAACUUCUGAGUCUCCACUGUUGGACAAGGUUACCAAGGAACGUGCCCCAGCCAAGAGCCUUUCUGUUGAUGAAUCGUUCUCUUCUCAUCAUGAGCCACUUACACCAGAUUCUGGUUGCCAUGGCAGCUCUCCAGCUGAGAGCCCAAAAGGUGAGAGGCCAGUGAAGAAGCAACGAGUGAUCAUGGGUGCUGGAGCAUAUGCUAAACCAGAGAUGGUGCUUACACACCAGAUAUUGGAGUCGAGCUUAAGUCCACCCUACCAGCAACCCCACUCAGUCUUCCUGGCCAGAGAGCAGUUUGAUCAUUCAUCAGGAAUAUCCAUUGGCAAUGAAGAUCAGCUGGAAAAUGUUUCAGGUAGCAAUCUAUAG